GUUUCAUCAGCCGUAAACCGUUCUCAAUUUGACCCUAUCAUUAUGGCGGCUCAAUGUUGUCUGGAGUCACUUCCUCUAAAAGGCCCGAAUUAACUGGCCUUGUUUUUAGUACAUUAGCACAUAAGUUUCGUCUGUUCACGCAAGGAUGGCAAACCAGGAGGAUGAUAUUCAGGAUGUCCAAGAAGAGUUGAAUGAUGAUGAUGAGGAUGAAGAAGCGAGUGAUGAAGAGAGGGAUUUUGGGUGGCAUGAACAGGGAGAGCUGAACUGGUCUGAUGAUGAUGGGGAUGAUUCAGAGUCCAUCUCAGACACUCCAGCAGAACGCAGUGGUCACAUCGCAGUGGGUGACAGAAACUGUAUGUAUGUCUGGGGAGGAUAUAAGAAUGCUGAAGCAUCUGGGUUCUUUGAUUUGUACUUACCAAAGCAAGAAAUCUGGAUAUACGACAUGGAAACUGGAAGAUGGAGAAGGCAGCUGUCAGGAGGAGAGCUCCCUAACCCAAUGUCGGGCAGCUGUGGUGUAUGUGUGGAAGGCAUUCUGUAUCUCUUUGGAGGCCAUCAUGCUAGAGGAAAUACUAAUUUGGUUUAUCGUAUGCCUCUGAGGGGCUCUAACUUCCAGUGGGAGAGAAUGAAGGACCUUAAGGGUUUGGCUCCUACAUGUAAAGACAAAUUAGGCUGUUGGGUGUACAAGAACAGGCUGGUGUAUUUUGGGGGCUAUGGAUAUGAGGCAGAAGCAGACCAUCAAGGAACGUUUGAAUUAGAUGAAAAUUCACUUGUGGGUAACCACCAAGCACGGGGCUGGAACAAUCAUAUUCACAUUCUUAACCUUGAAAUGUCAGCCUGGAGUCAACCCAAUACAAAGGGAAAUGCUCCAACACCACGUGCAGCCCAUGCUUGUGCUACUAUGGGAAACAGGGGUUAUGUUUUUGGUGGACGAUAUAUGAAUCAUCGGCUAAACGACCUGUACUAUAUUAACAUGGACACCUGGGAAUGGACUGAAAUGUCAGUACCUCAGCAAGGCCCAGUUGGCCGAUCAUGGCACUCUUUCACACCUGUGUCAUCAGAUCACAUCUUUCUGUUCGGAGGCUUCACUACUGAUCGAGAAACACUUAGUGAUGCGUGGCUGUAUUGCGUGACCACAAACGAGUGGAAGCAGUUUAAACACAACUACAAUAAAAGUCCAAGACUUUGGCACACAGCCUGCUUAGGUCUGAAUGGAGAAGUGUUUGUAUUUGGGGGAUGCGCAAAUAAUCUUCUCUCACAUCAGCAAGCAUCCCAUAGCAAUGAACUACUAUCUUUCAGGAUUCAACCAAAGUCCCUGCUUAGGUGCUGUACAGAGGUUGUUGUGCAGCACAGACAUCAACUUGAGAGCACGUUUGCCUGCUUGCCCAAACAUCUACUAGACAGCCUCCGACAGAGUAUCGAUUCAGCCGCUACUGGAGGGUCCUAGUACUACAUACAUGUACAUUUCAUCAACCUAGGAGCAAUAAUGGGAAUGUGUGGCACAGCUCCAGGGCUUCACUGUACAGAGGCUUGUAAGAAUGCAAAGACAGAGAUGCAGAGGCUGCGUCAAAGGAGGUUAAAAGGCCCCUUCUAAUCCAAAAUCAAUGUUUGUAUGGUAGUUGUUUGGUAAGACUUGAAACUUGUACAUUCUAAAUAAAAUGUAUGAUUCGAUGUGGUUUAGUGAUGCUGGCAUUUAAAGAGCUGUUAUAGCACUCAUUCGCUCAGUUGAGAUUUAUUUAUAUUACAAAUAUAACUUUCACUAUAUAAGCAGUCAGAAGCAUGUUAAAUGUUAUUGAUGCUAGCUGUGCCAUUAGUUAAAGUACAUUUGUACUGGAUACAAAUGAUAAGGAAAUUUCUUGUCUAUCUGAUAGAUAAGGACUCAGGACUGAUACAAUUACUAUCCAUUAUUACCAACCAUUAAAAACCUGUAUGUACA